AUGUCGCGAGCCGGCGACGACGUGCUGGGGUCCAGCGACGACGACCUGGUCGAGGUCGAGGUCACCGAGACCCGCAGCAUCUUUGAGAACAUCCUGCACCCGCGCGGCGUCCCAUCACGGCGGCCAGACCUCAGCUUCUCGCCGAAUCCACCAGCUGGCCAUUCUCGCCGGCCUCAGCCUGCCGGGCCGUCAGCCUCACAGCUGCGGCUGCGGCCCUCCAACCAGGCUUCGACUCGCCGCAGCAGACCCCCGCCUGCGGAAUCCGCCGUCAUCGACCUCACGGAGGAGCCAGAUUCACCCGUGGACCGACGAAGAAUCCAGGGCGCGGGCCCUCAGGUAAUGCUGCAGCAGGUGCCGCAUAACAGCGCCGGGAGGCAUCCGCGGAGGACGAAUUCACUGCGCAUCUCGCCGCCGCAGCUCGCGAGGAGCGACAGCACGUUUGUGAACGCAUCCAGCGUCAUCGACUUGACGGCAGACUCGCCCGAGGACGAGCAGCGACCCAACCGCGAGAGCUGGCGGACUCGUGCCCAUCCGCCGCGGCAUCACCACCACCACCAUCAUCACACCCACGAUCAUCUCCGCCACGGCCGCGACCGCCUCGUCUCGCUCGACUUCAUUAACCACCACCAGCUCCAGUCGGAUUUCCAGGUCUUUGGUAGAACCUUGGCCGGGUUUCUGAGCGGCAACCUCGGUGGUUUCGGUCCUGAACUGCAGACCAUCUUCCCGCAACGUGAACCGACGCCCAAGCCGCCAAUGGAGCCCGUGCCACCCACUAGGAUGGGGUUCACCCGCGAUACCCGAGCUGACGGCCAGGCUGAGCAGAUGGUGGUUGUAUGUCCGGCCUGCAACGAGGAACUUGCCUAUGACCCUGCAGAUGCACCGUCCACGCCCUCGAAGAAGAGGAAGAGGGCUCCUGGAGAGCACCAUUUCUGGGCACUAAAGAAAUGCGGUCACGUGUAUUGUGCCGAGUGCUUUGAAAACAGACGGCCGACAAAGACGUCUCCCGAUGGAGUUGGCUUCGUCUUGGCUCCAGGAGGCAAAUCGACUGCCAACCCCGACAUUCGCUGUGCUGUGGAAGGGUGUGAAAGUAAAGCGACUCACAAGACCGAAUGGGUUGGCAUAUUUCUUUGA